UUCCGGCGGAAGGAGGGCGGGGGCUUCCGGUUCCGGUCCCUGCUGCUGGGGCUGCUUCCAAGAUGGCGACGUCUCUGGGCUCCAACACUUACAACCGGCAGAACUGGGAGGACGCGGACUUCCCUAUUCUGUGUCAGACAUGCCUUGGAGAAAAUCCAUAUAUCCGAAUGACCAAGGAGAAAUAUGGAAAAGAAUGCAAGAUUUGUGCCAGGCCCUUCACAGUGUUUCGCUGGUGCCCAGGUGUUCGAAUGCGCUUUAAGAAGACAGAAGUAUGCCAGACAUGCAGCAAGCUGAAGAAUGUAUGUCAGACCUGCCUGCUUGACCUUGAAUAUGGUUUACCUAUUCAGGUUCGAGAUGCAGGACUCUCUUUUAAGGACGACAUGCCUAAAUCUGAUGUCAAUAAAGAGUAUUAUACCCAGAACAUGGAGAGAGAAAUUUCGAACUCAGAUGGCACAAGAGCAGUUGGUGCUCUAGGGAAAGCUACGUCUACCAGUGACAUGUUGCUUAAACUGGCUCGAACCACACCUUAUUAUAAACGCAACCGACCCCACAUCUGUUCCUUUUGGGUGAAAGGGGAAUGCAAGAGAGGAGAAGAGUGUCCGUACAGACAUGAAAAACCUACAGACCCAGAUGAUCCUCUGGCUGAUCAAAACAUCAAAGAUCGUUACUAUGGUAUUAACGACCCUGUAGCUGAUAAGCUUCUGAAACGAGCUUCAACCAUGCCUCGUCUGGACCCACCUGAUGACAAGACGAUUACCACACUAUAUGUAGGAGGCCUGGGAGACACCAUCACCGAGACUGAUCUGAGAAAUCACUUCUACCAGUUUGGGGAGAUCCGGACGAUAACCGUGGUACAGCGGCAGCAGUGUGCAUUCAUCCAGUUUGCCACGCGGCAAGCUGCAGAGGUGGCUGCUGAGAAGUCCUUUAACAAACUCAUUGUCAAUGGCCGCAGACUCAAUGUCAAGUGGGGGAGGUCCCAAGCAGCAAGAGGGAAAGAAAAGGAGAAAGACGGCACCACAGAGUCUGGUAUAAAGCUGGAGCCAGUCCCAGGUCUCCCUGGAGCUCUUCCCCCACCUCCCGCUGCGGAAGAAGAGGCUUCUGCAAAUUACUUCAACCUACCUCCCAGUGGCCCUCCAGCCGUGGUCAACAUUGCCCUGCCACCACCUCCUGGCAUUGCUCCUCCUCCACCUCCAGGUUUUGGGCCACACAUGUUCCACACCAUGGGACCUCCACCUCCCUUCAUGAGAGCCCCAGGCCCUAUCCACUACCCUUCUCAAGACCCCCAGAGGAUGGGCGCCCACGCUGGGAAGCACAACACUCCCUAGCACUCCGCUGACCUGGUCACUGUUUGAGUAGAUGUCAUUUUUUUGGUUACCAUGGUGGCAUAUGUUCAGCUGUGGGUGAGCUGGAGACUAAGCCUUGCUUCCUGCUUGCACGCACAGGGCAGGCUGAGCUCUGUUGUGUUGCCACUAGCGAAUUUGAUCAUUCAUAUAACCUGAAUUGUUCACUUACUGUCAGGGGAUGGGGGAGGGAGGAACGUCUAAAGGGUCCAUGAAUGAAUUGUACUAGAAUUACAAUCCCAUCAGUGUAUUCAAUUUUGCACAUUUUGAAAUAAAUUUGUCUCCUGGGGAAAAAACACACCUUUUUUUUUAGCCAGUUUGAUAGCCUCAGAAGUUUAUGCCCAGGAAUGUAUUGGGGUCUCCUAUACAGACUUAACUGGAGAGUGUGCUAGUCAUGUUCAUUCCGGAGUCAAAUAAUCAGUGAUUCUUUAUUGAAAAAAGAUACGAGUUUCUCUAGCACUAAGCUAGAACUCUCUAAGAUAAUAUUGAGAGAGAAGGAAACCAUCAGGCACACAACUUCCAGGAUUUCUCCUUCUACUUACUGUAACUUUUUCCUUCAUUUUUUGUGCUUGCUUUUCUUCUGAUCGUGAGAAACACUGGAGAAUCCUAAGUCCCUAUAGUCUGUCAGUUAAGUGAUAGGUAAUACAAACAAUUCCUCUACUGCCAAAUCUGACGUGACCCGGAGAGAUGCUCAAAAAGCCAUCUAUUUCAGAUAGGCCAGCUGGGACCCUCCUGCCCUCUCUUGGGGGAGUGAACUUUGCUACUGAAACUGCCAGAAAUGAGGCAGCUGUUGUACUGCAAGUUCAUUCAGUCUGAACUAUGGCUCUCAACCUGUGAAGUGGACCAAACUAUUUUUCAUUUUGAUAGUGUGUCAUUCUUUUUUUUUUAAGAGCUCUGUGUUUAGCAUUCACCCUAGAGCAUCUGUUCUUUGCAUAAAGUCUGUAAUUUAAUACUGUGCCUAGGCAUCCGGGUGGGAGAUUUUAAGAUCUAAAAGUGUUGCUUUGAUGUAACUGAUCUGUAGAUAUGUUUUGCUAUACAGAAACGUGAUGAGACCUGUUCCAAAGCCUUAUUGACUUGAUUU